AUGUGGUUGUUCAAUCAAUAUCGAAGACAAAAUUUUCAAACAUUUUAUAAUUCAUUAAAGAUAUAUGUGAAAAAGAUUAAUCGAGUCUCUAAAUUUUCAAAAACUCAAAUAAGUUUGAUUACGCUUGCUGUUGUUUUGGUCUAUGUUGCUACGCUUGGAUACAAUAAUCCACUGAUACUACAAAAUCAAGCAACACCAACAAGAGGUGUUAUUGUUACACUUAUUCGUAGUACUAAUCGAUCCAUCUUUCUCACUAUUAAUAUGAUACAUUCUAUUAUUCAAUUUUAUCCAACUAAUAAUAGUUAUCUAUAUCCAUUUAUUAUAUUUUAUGAUGAAAAUUUUACUUCCGUCAUGCGUCAUCAAAUAUUAUCAUGCGUUCUUAAACCUAAAAAAAAGCUACAAAUUUCAUUUGAAUUUGUUAGUUUUAAAACAAAAGUCAAAAUAGAUCCUGGAUCACGAUUGGAGAAACGAAUUGAAUAUCGUUUAAUGUGUCGAUUUUGGACAUAUGAUGUUUUUUAUCAUCCAGCAAUUCGAGGAAAAUAUGAAUAUUUAAUGAGAAUGGAUGAUGAUUCAUACUUUAUGGAGAAAAUCAAAAUAGACAUUUUGCAUUAUAUAGAUAAUCAAAAAUUAGAUUAUAUUUAUAGAUCUGUAUAUGGAGAAUCGAUAACACCGAUGGUUUCUAUCAUACAACGUUUUCUCAACAAAAGUAGUCUUCGACUUUCUUGUAUUUAUAAUAAUUUCUUUGUUAUUCGAUUGAAAUGGUAUUAUGAAUCAAAACAAGUUCAGAGUUUUGUUCGUGAAUUGAUUCGAGAUGAUUUAAUGCUUCGACAAUAUAUUGGUGAUGGCUGUGUUCAUUCAGCUAUGCUUGAAAUUGAUAAGCUAGUUAGAGUACAGCAUGUGACUGAUAUCUCAUAUGGACAUAAUUUUCAUUUGAUGCCGUCGGGAAGACAGCAUUGGUCAUUUCAUGCACAUAGUGCAUUUUAUGAAGAGAUAAAAAAAGCAUAUUUUUACCGUCGCCUAAUUUAUAUUUGUUUUAUUAUAUAUUUAUUAUUCUGGUUUAUCAAAUUUCGCUUCCGUUCAUUGUCGAUAUCAACAACUCAACUUGAUAUAUUUCUUAAUUCAACAUUAUGCGGUCGUUUAAUUCGUUAUCCAAAUAUAAUAUUAACAGAAAGUGAACGUCUGCAAUUAGAUGAAGAAGCAUCAUCAUUUUUUUCUUAUUCAAAAGAUUGUAGUUUAUUUGAACGUUCAGUAAAAAUUUCAUCUGAAGAAUUAACAUAUCCAUUAGCAUUUACUAUACUUAUUCACACAAAUCUUGAUCAAUUUGAUUUUAUUUUACGAACAAUUUAUCAUCGCUAUAAUUAUUAUUGUAUACAUGUUGAUUUAAAAUCGCCACUAUCAUUAUAUCAAGCUAUAGAAAAUCGUGUAAAAUGUGUUUCAAAUAUAUAUUUACCAGAGAAACGUAUUAAUGUAACAUGGGGUAGUUUUUCUGUUUUAGAAGCUGAACAUCUAUGUCAAAAAGAACUACUAAAACAAUCACUAACAUGGAAAUAUUAUUUUAAUUUAGCUAAUACAGAUUUACCCUUAAAAACAAAUUUUGAAUUAGUACAAAUAUUAAAAUUAUAUAAUAAUCAAAAUGAUAUAACUUCAUUACCAUAUCGUUCAUAUUUACGACAAAAAAAAAUUUUAUCUAAUCGAACAUUACCAUCAACAAUAUCAUUACCAUUUUAUAAAGGUGAAUUUCAUGUUUUAUUAUCACGUUCAACUGUUGAAUAUAUACAUAAAAAUUCACGUGUUAUGGAUUUAUAUAAUUUUUUAAAUGGAACAUCAGUACCUGAUGAACAUUUUUAUUCAAUGAUUAAUCGUUGGAAAGAAACACCAGGUUUUUAUCCAUAUGAUCAUGAUUUAAGUCAAAUAACAUUUAUGACACGUUAUAAAAUCUGGGGUGAUAGACCAGAAUAUCAUUUAUGUCAUGGUGGUUUUGUUCGUAGUAUAUGUGUUUUUAAUUAUCAAGAUUUAUGGCAUGUAGCAACAAGUCCUCAUUUUUUUGCAAAUAAAAUUUUCUUUCAACGUGAUCGUUUAAUACCAUAUUGUAUGGCACAAUAUUUAGAUAUACGUACAAAUAUGAUACAAGAAAAAACUAAUUUUUCAAUGAUUGAACAUGACUUUUAUAAACAAUUGAAUAAUGUUCGAUAUGGAAAAGAAAAACUAUAA